GUUUUUAUUAAUGUGUAUUCUGGAAUUUUUGAUAUACUAAUCAUUUCUUUAAUUUUAGAAAUUUAAUAAUACUUUUUGGAACAUAUCUUCAAGAUGGUGAAGAUUAUGAAAACAGGAAAAGUUGUAUUGGUUCUUAGUGGCCGAUAUGCUGGAAGGAAAGCUAUCAUUAUGCGAAAUUAUGAUGAUGGUACUGCAGAAAAACAAUAUGGCCAUGCAAUGGUAGCAGGUAUUGAUAGAUAUCCACGUAAAGUACACAAAAGAAUGGGCAAAGCAAAGAUUCACAAACGGUCCAAAAUUAAACCAUUUGUGAAAGUAUUAAAUUAUAAUCAUUUGAUGCCAACAAGAUACACUGUAGAUAUGCAUUGGGAAAAAGUAGUACCCAAAGACCUUAAAGAUGCAAUGAAACGCAAAAAGAUUCGAUUCCAAACACGUGUUAAACUUGAAGAAAAGUACAAAUCUGGUAAAAACAAAUGGUUCUUCCAAAAAUUACGAUUCUAAUUAAAUUUAAAUAAAUAUA